AUGAUUUUUUUUACCUUUAUCCUUGCGAUUAAAUGUUGUCCUUUAAUGAUAGAUGAUGCUAAUUAAAAUAUAAAUAUAUAUCCAACAAAUGGAGAGUAUUUCGAAUAUCCGAUAAGCGAUUUAUUUGAAGGAAACAAUCUUAUUUAUAAUUACUAUCCUAUUAUACCAAAUAUUCAAUUAAAAAAUGCUUUCACUAAAAUUUCACAAAUAGACGGAUAUGGUAUAUAUCAGAAUCAUAAUAUUAGAAUUUCAAUCAAUAUCCUCAAACCAAACUCAUUUUGCAACAAUAACCAAAGAAAAUUAUGUUAUACUAUAUGAAUGGAAUAAUUUUAAUAUUCAGUAGUAUGGAUAAAGACUAAGUAUCAAAAAAGAAUAUCAAUGUUAUAAUAUCAUUAUGAUUGCUGAUAUUAAUAUAUUACUUGAUUGCUAUGCAGAAGAUCAUUUUUAUUUAUUAAACCUUAUGAAUACUAGUUUCAACAUAGUUUAUUCAAUCCAAACAAAAAAGCCAAUAUCAUCAAAAAUGUAAGCAAUUUAUAAUGAAUCAGAAUUGUUUCUAAUUUAUGCCCAAUAUUAUCAAAAUUUAUCAGUCCUUACAUUAUUCUCAUCUUAAUAUGACAAUUUAACAUCCUACUAAAAUGAAUUUAUUCAAAUUGAUAUUCCGUAAAGAGAAAAUCCAUAUAUAUAUAUACUCUUUGGAUAAUCAAUAUCAUAAUUCAUCAUAACACAGAAUUAUACUUUUUAUGAAACUUCAAACUUUAUGUUAAAAAGAGCAGCUCAGUAUUUUUAAGUUUAUUAUGACUACUAAAUUUUAUCCUAAUGUGAUUAAUUAAUCAUUUUAUCAUAUGAUGUUUAAGACUAAUAUGAGGCAUCUAGGAUCUUAGGAUGUGUAGAUGGUAUAAUUAACUAUAUUGGUGGAGGAUCCUAUGAUUUAUAUCAAUCAAAACAAUUGAUUUAGGUUGUUUUUAAUGAUGAAUUAGUUCUAUUUUAAUCAUUACACUAUUUAAAAUUGUAUACACUAUAAGAGAAUGAAUAUUCUCUUGGCUAUGUUGUAAUUAAUAAAGAUACUCAAAUAUAUUUUAAUCUUAAUAAUAACAUAUUAUUCACAUUUAGCAAAUAAAUUAUAGUCUAUUAAUUGUUAGCCAUACCCACUUUAUAAAUUAAUUUAACAGAACAAUAAGUUUAAGGAAAUAAAUAUGAUAUUACAAUUUAAAUGAAAUAUUUGAAUUUAACUUAAAAAGGUCUUUGUAAACUCUUUAUGUCAAUUACAAUUUUAGAUUAGAAUGAUCUAAAUAUCUAUCUAUAAAGGGUUCUUUCCAAUUAAGUAAAUUUCCCGAUGUAUGAAUUGACUAAUUCUAAAAAAGAUAUAUAAUUCUUUGGAGAAUUUUCAGGCUAAUUGCUGUCCUAUAAUGUUUAUACAAAUAAUAAGCAGUUUGGAUCGUUAAAUUAAAAAACAUUUUAAAAACAGUUCGAAUUCACCAAUCAGACAUUUUACCUGGCCUAAAUAGUAAACAUAUAAUUUCGUUUAUUUCCUUAUAACACAUUCUUUAUUGGAAUUACUAAUGAAUAAAUAUAAAUUUUUUUAAUAGGAAAUUCUCUUCAAUCAUAUGAUCUUUGGAAGGCUUUUAAUAUAAGUAUAAAGCCUCAGGCAUUAUAAGUUGCUUACAGUAUUUCUGAAAUUUUAAUAAUAGGACUUAAAGAUAAUGAUAAAAUUUACCUUUAUUAAAUCUAUUGUAAUUAAAUAGAACCUUCGUCCUAUAAAUUCUAAUUUAGAAAGUUUGAAGAAUAGUUUUCAUUUUUAGUAACAUUUAAUAAUUUGAUAACUUUGUUUGAACGUAAAGAAAUUUAGAUCACAACUUUGAAUUUUACAGAUCUAGUAAUCAUAAAUGAAAUUAUGAUUAAUCAACUAUUUAAUAGAGACAAAUUGCUAAAAUUUAAUCCUAUAUAAAUAGCUAUAAAUACUUAAUCAUUAUCAUCAUGCCUAUUUAUCAAUAAUAUCAAUAAUGUCAUAAUAAUAGCUAUUGGUCAACAUAAUCAACCUAUACCAGUUUCAAUCAUAGAGUUUAAAUUCUAAAUUAAAUAAAUAAACAUUGUUAAUCAAUAAUUAGUUUUAUCUUAUAUUUGCAAUUCAAAGUCUGACGUUUGUUUUUAAGUAUGGAACUUCCAAAAUUUAAGAUAACCAUUUUUUAUGAAAGAUAUGAAAAGUGUACUUUAUAAGAAUUUGCUAACAAUAUUAUCAGAUAACUUAUUUUUUUAUGUUCAAUUAUCAAAUUACACAGUUUUAGUUUACAACCCUUACAUACCAGAGCAUAUGAGUUUAUAUUACUAACUCAAUUUAUCAUCAACUUUUAUAUGCACAUUUUACCUGAAUUAUUAAUCUUAUUAAUCUUUAUUGUAUUUUGAUAAUAGCAUAUAUUCAUUAUUUGCGAAACAAAAUUUUGAGCUUUAAGUAAAUUAAUCUCUAAACUUCGAACGCUCUUACCCAGUGAUGAUAUAUAAUUAUUCUGUCACUUCUUUAUUGAAUUAAACUGCUAUAUAAUAUACACCUAAUCAAAGCUUAAUUUACGCUUCAAAUUUCACCAUGUUCUAACCAAAAACUAAGAAAAACAUCAUUUUAGAAAAGAAAGAUUUAAAUUUAAAUGAUCGGACUUUUACAAUUCCUAUGAAUUUAAUCCUUGAUAGGUAGACAAGUCUUUGCUAUUUUCCUAAUAGUUCUUAAAAUGAUUAAUAAGAUUAAUACUUUUCAAAUCAUACAUGCAAUAUAAGUAAUUUUGGAUACUCUUCUGUAAAUUAAAAUCAAAAAAGCUACAAAUUAGUAACUGCAGUAAAUAACCAAUUUUUUGUUCUGUAAAAUAACAGUUAUAUCUUAAUUGUUAAUUAGUAACUUGAAUAUCUUUAAUUAUACAAUUAUACUAAUUUUAAUUUUGAUGAGUGCUUGAAAUCAACAUCUUUUAAUUUAACUUUAUCAUCUAUAUGUCAAAAUGCCAGUGCAUAAUAUUUACUAAGCAUUACUUUUGAUUUAUAAGGAAAUGUUUAAGAUAUAAACUCAUUUUUAAUUCCUUAUACACUUAUUAAAAUAACUAAAAUUAAUACUAUAGCCUACCUUAAUUUUAUUUUAGCUACUUCUUACAAUUCCUCAAUUCAAGAAUUGUAUUUAUUUAACUAAUUAAACAGCAGCAGCAUGAAUUCAAUUAAUAAUAAUUAUUAUAUCUAGGAUUUUUCAGUGGCUCUAUUUAAUUCUAGUUAGGAUAUCAAUAAGUAAAAUUUAGUUAUUCUUACAUACAUAUCGGAUGAUUAUAUCUAUUAUCAAUAUUUAUAUUUAAGAAAGAACUCAUUUGAAUUAGCAUCAAAUUCUUUCUUCCAUCAAUAGACAGGUGUACCAGUAUUUGGCGUUUAAAUUUUGAUAUUGCAAAUAAUCAAUAAUUAAAUAUUAAUCCUUAUUACCAGUAGAGAAGGUAUCAGUGGAUUGUUUGUUUUUCAAGUGUUUUAAGGAGAAGUAUUUGAUAUUAUUGCUACUAUUCCAAAUUAUAAUUUUGGAAAUAUAUCGCUAAUUCACAAUUCUAUAUAUUCAAAUGGUUUUCUGCUUCAACAGUUUUAAUUAGGAUAUAAUUAUACUAUAGGAGUUUAUUAAAUCGGUAAAUUCUUUGAUAACACCAGAGAAGAUCCUAUCUUGAUGAUAGGAUCAUAAAACUCUACAUCGCUUGAAUAUGCUUUUAUUGGUAAUACGGAACAUCAAAAUGGUACAUGCCUUGCACUCCAUAAUGAUGGGUCAAUUUUAAAUUAUUCUAUAUCUACUAGAUUAUUAUAAUGCCAUUAUAGGUAACGCAAAACAACAGUUCAAGUGAAUAUCUUAUGCGAAAAUGAAUUUUCAUCUGGAUCUUAUGAAAUAACAUUUGUUCUUCCUCCAUUAGAGAUUAAUAGUAGAGGAUGGAUUUAUUCAUUAAUUAUAUUAAUUACACUUCAACUAAUAGGAUUCUAUUUUUUAGUUAAAUAUAGAAUGAGAAAUUUUGGUUAUAUAAAUCCAGAAAUAGAGAUUUGA